GCUGCUCCACGAGAGUGCGCCAAAAGUCUGGUCACGUGACCGACGCUCCGCUGAUAUAUCACCAUUUGUGAAAUCGCCCUGCCGAUUGAGUGCCGAAAAGACGAGCCGAAAAUGUCUGCAUCAGAAAAUUCUGUCGCCGAUGUGGCACCCGAACAGAACAACACUCCGGCAAAGGAGGCGUCCCAAGGAAGGAAGAGGGCCGCAAAGGAAAUCGAAACACCUUCAGUGGAGAGGCGCGUAACAAGGUCGUCCGCUCGUGGUGGUUCCACUCCAGCUCCUCCUCCUCCAAAGAAGGCAGCCACACCAGCGUCCAGCAAGGGUGGCAGUCGACGCGGCAGACCGCCGAAAAACGCAUCUCCAGCUGCUGAGAAGAGCCCUGCUGAGAACGGCAAAGACGAAAGCGAGGAGGACACCAAGAAAGAGGACGCAAAUGGCAAAGAACACGAAGAAACGGAGAGUAAACCUGAGCCUGAGGAGAAGCAAGACAAAGAGGAGUCAAAGACCGAGCCUCAGCCCGAAAAGAAAGAGGAAAAACCUACUGAGGAGAAGCCCAAAGUAGAGGAACCUGAGGCCAAGGAGGCUGAACCAGUCAAAGAAGCUGAAGCUGCGGCUGCUGAGGCACCAGCUGCACCGGAGUCUGCGGUUGAGGAAAAGAAAGAAGAGAAACCUGAACAGACUGCCACAAAUGAACCAGCUAAGGCUGACUAAAGCCUAAAGGCAAACCACAUUCUCAGCAGCUCCAUCUGUAUUGUGCCAAACAAACAUUCUUGGCGUUUUCCAAAACAGCUCCUGCAAGAAGUCGAAAGAAAAUUGGUUCUGGGCUGACUGAAUGCGGUUAUCAUUCCAAAGCUCUUGUUUGGUUUUACGCCUGUUUCUUUUAAUCUAACUUCGGAGUGUUCCUCGUCAGCCAGAGGAAGUCGACUAGACAUUACAUCAACACUGUACAAAAUUUAAAUUUUUAACACAGCAGCAUUCUGCAACAUUUUUUACCACUGUAGUCGUGUGUAUGUUCGUUCAAUAACUGAGGGGAAAAACAAAUAUUUUUUAAUUCAUCCGUGCUGUCUCUAGUUGGUACGCAGGGCCGAAGCUUCUAAUUGCGGCGAUGAGUGGGCCCUUGUUCCUUAUUUAAAGCACAAAUCUAUUAGUUUGCCAGUAACUAUAUCCUGUAGAAUGCGGAAUGCCUAAAUCAAAAUAUCCGGAUGGUUCGUUCUUCAAAUUGAAUGUGGUUUUAAUUUGCGACCUGACGAACGUAAUGAGUCUACUGUUCGUCAGACAGAUUUUGUAAUUUAUUUGUGUCAUAAAAAUUUAUGCGCUGCUUUUUAUUUGUAAAGAGAAAGAUUAUAUUACAAUUAAAUAACCACAUAGAAAUGAUAAAAUAUAAAUCUACUUACUAGAAGCGAUGUGGAAGUGUGAAUGGUUGACCUUUAUUUUUGCUAUUUGCGGGGAGCAAAUAAAUUGUUCGUACCAUCUUGAAAAUAAGGAUUUUGUCGUUUGCUUGAGGGAUGAGUGAGUGUAUCUUGUUUGUUCAUCCCACCCUCUCAAGCCUUCAUCGUGUUUCCUUGUUCUCCCAAAUAAAAUCAGUCCCUUGGUUCAUCUAA